GUUUUUAUCAUUCUAGGCACUAGGUUAUAUACUACGCGCGUCUUUCGCUCUACCGUCUUUCGCUUUGGACUUAGAUUCGAGAAGACUUCGCCUUGAAAUUUUAAAUAUUAAGGAUAAGUGCGCAAAGAACAUGGCAGGGACAGAUUAUCAAACUGGUGGAUUGAGUGAAGAUGCACAGUUACAGGAGGCCAUGAGGCGUAGCCUUACUGAUAUAGGAAAUGGAGCUGACCAGAGUUGCAUGCAGAAACAAUCGGAGAUGACCGACGAAGAACGUAUAGCUGAAAUGGUCCGACGUAGUGAAGAUAAAGGUGACCAUAUACGUAUAGUUCUAAUUGGCAAAACUGGUGUAGGUAAAAGUGCAACGGCCAACACUCUGAUGGGCGGGAAGAAAAGAUUUAAAACCUCCCCAUGCCUAAAAUCGGUUACAGCAGAGUGCGAGUCUGAUGUUUGCUUUCAUGAAUCGGGUUCCUACAAGUUCGUCGAUACACCCGGAUUCAUGGACACUAGCAAAGAAAAGGAUAUCAUUUGUAAAGAGGUCGCACAGUCACUACAAUUUGCCGCUCCCGGCCCACAUGUAUUUCUUAUCGUGCUUCAAUUUGGUCGGUUUACAAAAGAAGACCGAGCAGUCAUUGCCCAAAUAGAGGAUCUGUUUGGCAAACAAUUCGCCGAGGAUUAUGGCGUUGUCUUAUUUACUCGUUGUGAUGAUAUAAAAAAUGAUUUGACAGACGACGACGAUAACUUUGAUGAGGAAGCUUACCAUAAAGCAUGCGAGGCACAAUUUUUGGAAGGGGCCGUUGAAUUGCCAGCACUCGGUGAGCUACGCAAUGCAUGUUCUGGUCGAAUCUUUUUCAUCGAUAACAGGCUAAAAGGCGAAAAUCGGAAAGCCGAGGCGUCUCGGUUUUAUAAGAAAAUACAUGAAUGGGGUCUUGGUCAACAGUAUUGCAUUGAUCAACAUCGACUUACUGAAAUGAUGGAAGAAGAUAAAAGAAAGAGAAAUGAAAAGCUUGCGAAGGAAGAGUUACACAGGAAAAAUCUAGCGGAAAAGGAACGACUUCAAAGAGAGAGGGAACUUAUGGAACAGGAGAAGGAACGUACGGAAAAACUUCAAAGGGAAUAUGAAAAGAAACAGAAUGAAGUGAUAGAUCGAAUGCGCGAGAUGGAAAGAUGGAAUGAAGAUGAACGGAAGAAAUUUGAACGUCAACAAGAGGAGUUAGAGAGAGAAAACGAAGAGGAACGAUUGCGUAGGGUUGCUGCAGAAAAAGAAGAACAACGACGCCAGGAAGAAUAUGAAGAGCAACAGAAGAAGAUGAAUGAGCAAAUGAAAGAAAUCGAAAGGUUAAACGAAGAGGAACGACAACGACUUUUAGCUCAAAAAGAGGAGUUUGAAAGAAAGACUGAAGAGGAAAGGUUGCGCAAAAUAAAGCAAGACAAAGAAGAGCAAGAGCGGCAAGAGAAAAUUGCUAAGGAACAGGAAGAAAUUAAAAAUCAAAUGGAGGAGAUGAAAAGAAAAAACGAAGAAGAACAGAAAACGAGGAAAGAAGAGAGUGAACGACUCAAAAAAGAAUACGAAGACCAAUUAAAGGAACAAAAAAGAAUCAACGAAAAAGAAAGCAAGGAAAGAGAAAAGGAAUUCAAAAAGAAGGAGGCUGAAUGUGACCGAAAGUUUGAGGAAAACCUUAAGAAAACAGUUGAACCAAACAAAAACGUUGUAAAGAAACUGUGGAAUGGUAUCUGUGGUAUUGUAUCCACGGUGAUAUCAAAAAUAAUAAUUUGA